UCUCAGCUCCCACAGGCAGCUCGGAGUCCCCCUGCUCUGGACGGCCGCACCGCUUCAUCUGGCCUGAGAACACGCUGCAAAACCCUCUCUGCUCUACACACUGCCCACCCUGGGGGUCCUGGCCAUCCCCAGCUGCUCUGCUUGGUAACCCAGCCAAGGAGGCUGCUGCAUUUGCUGGUCUGCUGCCUCUCUCCUUUGGCUGGCCCAUUAUUCACUGUAGCGCCCAGUCCAUACGCCUGCCUGCCAUGCCCAUGGGCAGCCUCUCUGCUGUGCUGUUGCUGGCCACAAUGGGCCUGUGUGUCAGCGAUGAAGCCAUCCACUGCCCACCCUGCUCGGAGGAGAAGCUGGCUCGCUGCAAGGCACCAGUGGGGUGUGAGGAGCUGGUGCGGGAGCCUGGCUGUGGGUGCUGUGCCACCUGUGCCCUGAGCAAAGGGACGCCCUGUGGGGUUUACACUGCCCGCUGUGGCUCGGGGCUCCGCUGCUACCCACCCCGGGGGGUCGAGAGACCCCUGCACACGCUGAUGCAUGGGCAGGGGAUCUGUACAGAACUGUCCGAGAUCGAGUCCAUCCAAGAGAGCCUGCAGCCUCCAGAAAAGGAGGAGAUUGAUCACCCCAACAACAGCUUCAGCCCCUGCAGCAUCCAAGACCGGAAAUGCCAUCUGAAGCAGCAGGCGAAAUCCCGUGAGCGGGCCAACAACGGUGUCAAGAUGAGGAAUACACACAUCCGGGAUGAGACAAGGCCAAUAGCGCAGGGUUCCUGCCAGAGCGAGCUGCACAGAGCUCUGGAGAGACUAGCUGCCUCCCAGGGCCGAACUCAUGAGGACUUGUACAUCAUCCCCAUCCCAAACUGUGACCGCAAUGGGAACUUCCAUCCGAAGCAGUGUCACCCGGCUUUGGAUGGGCAACGUGGGAAAUGCUGGUGUGUGGACCGGAAAACAGGCGUCAAGCUGCCAGGCUUUCCUGAGCUGAAAGGGGACUUGGAUUGCCACCAGCCAGCUGAUGGCGUGCGAGAGUGACCCCAUGGUAAAAGGGGACUAUGAGAUUUCCUUGGCGACCUGCUGAGGCUGAACAAACCCAUUGGUGCUGUCUAGGAGUGGGAAGGAAGAGACACUACCACAAAACAACUCCCUGUGCCCAAGCGAUCCCAGGCUGUACUCUCGUCCCAGUCAGAAUGGCACCCCCGUCCUGCAAAACAUCGCUGCCCUGCUCUGCAGCCGCUACCUGCCCCUUUUUGAUCCUUACUUUGAACCUACCCCCAGCUCUGGACAUGGACCUGGGGGCUCCUGCCUGCCCCAGGCUACAGGCCAGGCUUGGGUUAGGCACAUGUGCCAAAAUGACCACUAGCAAUGGACACCACAAGGGCUUUCCCAUUUGGGACACCUCCUGUCAUCCUUUCCCCCUUUCCGACAGCCUUAAGGGGGAUAGUCCCCUCCCCAGCCUUUCCCACUUUGCUCCAGCCCAGGUAGCUGGGGAAAGGUUUCUCUUGUCAAGGGACAGCUGGGGGCUCUUUGCCAGGGCGCAGAAAUUAUGGUAGUGGCUGCGGUGUCUGCACAGCCUCCCCUAUCCCCCUGCAUGCUCUGCUCCCCAUGGCUGCUAAAGGGAGCUGUGGAGUCCCCUGCACAGGUGUGGGGAUGUGCUGCAUCUAUUUUGAGGGAAGCAGGGGGUAUUUUGAGAUCACUAUGCCAAAGUUUAAAGAAGGAGAGCAACAAAAAUAGCCUCCAAGUCUUGGCUGCCACCAAGCAUUUGGCAUACAUUACAUACUGGGUUAUGUUCCUACUCAACAAGGCUGCAGGGCUGUUGUGUUCUCAACCCUGUCUCCCACCCCACAAACUGUUUUUAAUGUGAUCACACCAUAAUGGGUGCAAGGAUUUCCUAGUGUCCCACCCCCUCUCUUCUAUGUCUGCAUAUUGCCAGGGCUAGUUUAAAGCAUAGGACCUAGAUGCUCCUGCCCAUGAUCUAGGUCCUGGAGUCAGGUCAUUGCACCAGAGCCUCAGCUUUCCUGGAAAGAAAAUGGUGUCCAGCUGUCGUGGGUUUUCAGAAAGCAGCUCAAAAAUGUGACCCAGGUGUGAAGGAUGGAUGCAGCAGCAUCUUCCUGAGUCUGCAGACAGCCUGAACUAAGAGCUCUGAGAAGGGGAAUGGCUACAUUCAUCUCAAUGGGGUGUUGACUCCAACACCCAUCAUUUUGACUUUGUUAGCCCCCACAGCAGAGUGGCAGGAGGAGACAAGUAUGGUGAGCCUGGUUCCCUUCUGUCCCAGGCCCAGUAAGCACUGGGAUUUCCUUACCACCACGCCUACCCGUUGUGGGGGCAGGGGAACAUCAGCCUGCCCAAAGAGAUGUAUUAUAGCAGGUGCCAGCAGACAGCACUUAGAUGGGUGACAUUUGCCACUGUUGCCUGGGUUGGGGUGUCGGGGGUGGAAUGGGGAUGUCGUGUCAAAGAAACCUCCUUGUUCCCUGGCUGUCUUUAUCUGGUCCAGCCUGUUGCCAGACAAGGCAGCAUGUCUCCAUGUGAAUGCAUGUGUGUAUGGUGAGCGUGGAGGUACGAGUGUGGAGGUGGGUAGUAACUGCUUGCUGAUCUACAGCUGGUGGCAGUAGGGAUGAGAACAAGGAGACACCCAAGGAAGUCUCCAGGGAGGCAAGGGAGUCCCAGUAGGAGGAUCCACCUGUAAGAAGCCCUUCCUUUUCCACGUACAGUGUAGUGUUUUUCCCUAAGCCCCAACUCCUGGAAAAGACACUUUGGGCCAUCCUGGCUCUAGAAAAGAGCAUGAAGGUGUAACUCAGCUGUUCCCUAAAGUUUCAGCAACCAGGAGACAUGUAACAUGAGCCCUAAAUUUAGCAUUUUUUUUUUUUUACUCUUGUGCUUUUCAAGCCAAUCUCAUGAUUACUGGGUGGUUCUGCCUCCUGUUUCUGGAACACUUAGGAUGGGCCAUAUGGGUGCAGCCAUCUAUAUUUCAGGAAAUGGUUCCUGAAGGUCAUUGUCAAAAGGUCAUCAAGGUCAGAACUUUCUGAGCUGAAGUUGGCAUGAAGCAGCCUCUCACACCACCAACUGCAACCCCAACCUUACUUAACUCUGGGAAAGUCCCCAUGCUGGUCCCUCUCCUGGUCCCUCUCCCUAUAACAACUCUCCUGCAGAUCCUAGUCCAGAGUCAGUAACAUUUUUGGCUUGAGUGCCAAAAGCACCCCAACCCUGACCCACACCAAGCCAAGCUUGGAGUGCCAGGAGCAGACCACAGGGAGUCGCGAGGAGCCCAAUCCUCGUGGCUGGGGCUGGCUGCAUGUGUGCCUCCGGGUAGACAGCAGAGGAGGGGCUGGGGUUGCACUGUCCCAGGCCCCACCCCUGCCAUUCACCUAGUGGUGUGUGUGCACUCGCCACUGCCACGGAGCCUGGCUGGGGCUCUGGAGCCUGGUGCUGCUAUUUGCAGCCUCCCGGCUGCCUUCUGUGAGCAGCCCAGGCUCCAUAACCGGUGGCAGCGUCCCAGAGCCCAAGCCAGGUGUAGUGUGCCAAGCAAAAUGGCCUUGCAUGCCAUGCUCUGAUGCCUGCUGGCCCCUAUCCUAGCCCCAUCACAGCACCAAACUUAUCAGCACUCUGUAACCAGGGCCUCUCUCGCCUAAUCAGCCUGAAAAAAAAGAUCCCUUCCUUUUGCUUUGGGCCAGGUUGUCAGGGUAAGCAGAAGACAAGCAGAAUGGGGCUGACCAACCCCAGGUGUGCAAGGAUAUUGGGGGUCCCAGAAUGAGACCCACAGCAGUGUUGCAGAGUUCAUUUCCUUUCUUAGAAGUGAGAUCCUUUCACUAGUGAAAACCAGCACACACUGCACUGGCCUCUGCUAGUUUGCAUCAGCUCUGGGUACCCCUCACUAUCCCGACUGCGUCCGUCCAUUCUUGGAAAAACAUCCCUCUGUUUUAACUUCUCCAUAGCAGCAAAGAGCCAUUUAGAAAGAGCAAAUAAUGAUUGAUGGCUGGAGAAUUUUGAGCCCAUCCUGGAAGCAGGCUGGAGCCCUGAGCUGUCAGCGGCCGCUCUCUGUCGACUUGAGAGUCAGGUGGUGAGUUCUGGCUGGCGUAUUCAUUUGCAGUGGGUUUAUGCUGGGCACUGGGGGUGGGGGUGAGGGUGCGGGCUGGAGAAGUGCUCUCCUUGUACUGGAACAGUUGUGUGCCGGGCCUAAGAUUUAUGGUCUUGUCUCACUGUCCUUCCAAUGUUUUGACUCGGAGACCUCCGCAGAGUGAUUUAUAAGGGGAACUACGUGAACCUUCUCUCCCCAACUCCUCCUUCUCCUCCUGCCUGGAAUCCUUUGCUUUCAAGGCACUUCCCUUUGCAAAGGAGGAGCAGAUAAGAUCUGCUUGAGGUUCAGCUCCUCAUUGCUUCCUGGCAGCUGCUGAGUUGUUUUUCUUUCCCCUUUUUUAUGCCGACUCCACCGAUGAACAUACAAGGCUGCAGGACGAAUGAGUGAAACCAAGGCUCCUGUCGGCACAAAUCCACCCCAAACCUGACAGCUUGCUAACCCCUCUUCUCCCUCACCUCCUGCAGCCAGCACACCCCUCUGGGGAUAUUAGUUUACCAGAGCAGGAGCUAGAGAGGCAGGAAGGCAGUGGCUCUGAGAGCUGUACCAGGGCAGCAGAGAUGGGAGUGGAAACAUUGACUGCAAGGACUGAGAUGGACAUAGCCACCCUUCUCAGACCCCAAAAGGGGUGGCAGACCCCGCUGAGAGCCCCCCAAGGAAAGUUAAGCUGGUAGGAGAGUCUAUACCAAACACCUAGUACACGUUAGGCAUGCCAGUGCUUGGAGCUGGCUCCCCCUGUAGUCAUUGGUGCAAUUUAUAUUCAGGGCUGCAUUGGCUGCUAAACCUGGGGGGUCUUGGUCCUCUCUGGGCUGGAAGGCCCUUCACCUUUAUUCCAUUAGCAAAGCAGCCAGGGCAGGGAGAAUGAUGACCUCUCUUUUAAAUAAUGCCAGGCUACACAGAGGCUGUGCAGUGUUCCCUGAUGUGAGUGUGGGCUGCAUUCAGGGCACUGCUGGUUUGCCUCACCAGUCAUUCUGAAAAUUCAGAAAAAUACUGUUUCAGUUCAACCCAAAAGGAAAAGAUUUUUAAAAUUUUGGGUGAGUGGAACAGCAGGGGACAAAAAAGAGGUUGUUUUGUGGGGAAAGAAGCAGCUGACUUGGAUUCUAAAGGGAUUUCUUUUGAGAGGUUUUUCAGUAUUUUAAAAGUAAAGAAGAGGGAGAUUGUGAAACAAAACCUCUUUUUUGGUUCCAAAACCAUAGAUGCUUCAUUUAUGUUCAAGUGAAAUGCUUCAGCAUUUUUUCAAUGUUGUUUCCCCCCCUGCAACCUUAACAGUUCAACAAACCCAAGACAACUCUGCGAGGUGUUUCUAGCUCCCCCCAUCAGCAGCUUUUUUUUGCUAGAAAAAGAAGUCAACUGAAAGAGUUUUGCCCAGCUUUUUGUAUAAUCUUGUUGAUACUUUGGCAAGGGGUCCCUUGUCCAUAAAGGGCUGGUUGGUUCCUUCAGGGUUGGUUUUAAUGUUGCUGCCCUAUAAUUAUGGUGCAUGAAUAUUGCCAUCCAGAAGUAAAGCCUGGGGCAGUGAUGCUGGUAAGAAAUGCUGUCAAAAUGACUAAGACCACAAGACACCAUUUUUUGUUGAAAUCAGAAUAUUUCCCCUUCCGCUUCCAAAGGCACUGAUUUUGAUGACAUUUUAUCUCAAAUCCUGCACCUUCUAAAGGAUUCAUUUGCAUAGCAUCCAUACAGCCCAUUGGCACAUUUUCUGAAUGAAACCUUUUGAUCUUUUGGCAUUUUGAAACCAAACUUGCUGCUUUCUCGGGACAUUGCUCUGCGGGAAGUUGCCAUGUUUUUUGUUUUCAUUUGGUUUGGAAAGGGGAAAAAAAGUGUCAAAAUUGUGGAAUUUGUCUUUGAAUGAAAAAUUCAGGUCCUUCCCAGUGCUACCCCGCCAUGAGAUUUCAUUUCCUUCCCCACUGGGUGGAAGGUGACUAUGUGGUUACUGGCUGAAGAAGAUGGGGACAGCUGCUACAACUGCAGUGUGGAUUUAGGGUGAUUUGGGAAAGACAGGGCACUGUGUUGAGUGCUGGCUGAAGGGAGCACAUGGUCUCUUAUCUCUUGUGGCAGCGAGUUCCACAGUCCAAGAGCUGUCUCCUGCCAUAGACCCUACUCCCAUCUCCUGGCUGUGGGCCAGCCAUGUCAUUGUUCCGUGGAUCACAGCUGUUAGGCAGGAAGAGCCGGUCCCAUGGGGAGUUUGGAAUGUCAAGACAGGGACCUUGAACUGGACUCUGGAUUGGAGUUUGUUAAGCUUGGCUUUCCCUGUGUUUGUUGUCUAGGGACAUGCAGUGUACAUACCCGCAUGUGUGCCAAGUCCCUUGCAACUCCCGAAGCACAUGCGUGCACAUCUAUGUUCCAAAGCUAUCGGGCACACAUCCUCACCCUCAUCGACAUUGUGUGUGUGUGUGUGUGUGUGUGUGCGCGCGAAUGUAGUUAGUUUCUAGUGUCUUGCAAAGCACUUGCACAGAAAUGCAAAGUGGGUCAGCAAGUAAAACCCCAAGGCCCGAACAACUCUGCUUUCACGCUAAGGUGUCGUGAGCACGAGUGCAAAGUGAGUGUGAAAUGCUUCCAUGUCACAAAUCCCCACAUGUACUGGUUGAAACAGCAGAUGCUCACUUUGCACUGGUUGUAAGUGACAACCUGUGGUACCUGGCAGUGUGUGCAUAUAUGUGUAUGUGCAUGGGCCCAUAUACACAGAACUCAGGCUCGCCAAGUUUACCAUGCUGUGUCUUUGUCCAGCCUCUCCCACUUUUUACCCAGUCACCUUCUUAUCAUGAAUAGCUCAGCUUCUGUGUUCUGUUUAUCCAUUCUAGCCUCAGGAGAAAGAGUUUGUUUUUUUGAUAUAUAUGUUAAAAAAAAGAAGUGAUUAUCUUUGAAUGAAAUGCAGAACCUCAUCCGGUCACAGCAAAAUGCAUGCGUUUUUGUGUGCAUGUGCAUAAAGCGUCCAAGAAUCCUCAGAUAGUACAAGAGGGUGGUAUUGUUUCGCCUGUGGUCACGAUGCCAACUUGCUUCCUUCCCAUCCCGGAGCUGAAUGGGUAUCUUUCUCCUUCUGCCUUUUCCCAUUGCUCCCUCCAGUUAAUUAUGCUUCCAGUCGCAUGUGAUUCCAAACACCAUACAGACCUUCCUCCACCACUUGCUCACCUUGCCCCCUAAGCCACGGGAGGGUUUGACCUGGGAGUCAUUGCACAGUUAUUUUUAACUCUUUUUAUUACCUGGUGAGAAAAAACGAUGUACCAAGGGCACUGCCUUCCUCCACCUGUCUGCUCCCUGCACCCCUGAGUCCAAGCUGCUGUCUUCUUUAAUGACCCAAACAAGCAUUCAGACCUGCAGAGCCUCACAGCCAUGGGCAGUGGGCUGAAGUCUGUUCUGUCUCAUGUACUGACGUUGCAAUCACCAGCUGAAUUCUGGCUGCCACUGGCUGUUACCAACUGCAAACACAGUGGCAACAUCCGCAGCUGGACUUGCAUAUCUGAGGGGCAGUCUGUGGUGUCAGCAAUCUCGACUUUUAAACUGAGCCAAUUUGCUAGCAUAGUUCAGAAUGAGGAAGCAGUGGGGACUCUCCUUACUCGCUCAUCCAAGACCUGAAGGCCUUCCCCUGCCCUCCAGCAAGCCCAGUGUCAAGAAUGAGCACUUUAGGAUUUCAGCCCCUGGAGCAUUUUGACUCCAGGCAUGAAAUGGACUAUGGAGCAUAGCUGGUCUCCAAAGUGGCCAGGGGUUUACCUGUCCUUGGUAGCACAUAACAAAAGUAGCACUGAAAUGAGGACAGACUCAGGCUGCGUUAGUGUUCCUCGCCUUACCUAGGGGCAGGCCACUUUCUGGGGGGCAAGGGGUAAAUUUUUCUUGAGGCAAAUGUGACUACGUAGGCAUAGUAUCUCCCCAGAAGGUCCGAUCCACUCUUCCUGUCACAUUCCAGAAUGUGUGGUUGGCUCCGUUGGGCUUUUCUGCGACCCUAGGCACGGGGGUCCUAUGCUGCCAUGAGGCCGGUGUGAGUUUCCUUCCGCUCCACAGGCAGCUAGUCACUCCCCACGAGGUGGGGGGUCAGCAGUACACCCAUUCACCACACUGGUCUUCUUUGUGAAUAAGCCAAGAGGAGGCCUCUUUCCCACAGAGGUCACCAGUGCGACUCAGAGGACCCUCGAGCAAUCUUGCAUUGGCCCCCUGCAGCAGAGUGAGCUUUACCUCCCUGGGAGUCACAAGGCCACCCCGCUCCUUUGCACAAGGGCUACCACUUUCACUUUCCACUUCUGGGUUUAGCAGGCAUUUGGGGAGGUCCCGCUGGGUUUUUGCCUGCCCUCUCUUCCUUUAAUCCUUUCCUGGUGAUCCUCUCAGCUACCUGCUGCACUGCUGUUGGUCUGUUCACUUUCUAUAAUAAGCCCAGUACAUGCAGCAGGUCAGUAGGUGUCUCAUCCCUGGACAUAUCUGAUACAUUCAGCAUCACUGCAGGUGCCCGCUACCUGAAUAUAUCCAGUAUAUUCAGCAUUGCAGCAGGUAGCUCGUACCUGAUACACUUAACAGCACAGAUUUAUUCACCCCAGACAUAUAUGGUACACUCAGUACUGCAGCAGGUAAAUCAUACCUGAUGCACAUAGCAAUACAGCAGAUGUAUUCUACCCGGUCUUAUCUGGUAUACUCAGCAUCACAGCAGGUAAAUCAUACCUGAUACAUUUAGCAUCACAGCAGAUGUAUUCUAACUGGUCAUAUCUGGUACACUCAGUAUCACAGCAGAUAAAUCAUAUCUGAUACAUUUAGCAUCACAGCAAAUAUAUUUUACCUGGACACACCUAAUACAGAGAGCAUUGCAGCAGGUGUAUCACAGCUAGAUGUCCUGAGUACAUUCAGUACUACAGUCAUCAUUACACAUGUGCCUUUAUUAUAGCCUAUUCCCUCUGGAUAUACCCAGGAUAACAUUUUGAGAUCCAGAUCAAGCAAAGAAUUUCCUACUUUGUUUCAUGAGCAGAUAGAAACCACCUUAUAAGAGCAAUAUACUUUUCCAUUUACCUUUGGCAGGAUGGUUUAAAGGCUGGUAUCUUCGCCAAAAAGGGAUACUGGAACCUUGUGAGGGCAUUACAUUUUUUCAUUCAUCAUAAAGUGCAUAAGGCUUUAUCAUUUUAUAUUGUCUCUCUUCUAUAGAUUAAAACAGUAUUUACAUGUGAUCGUUAUCCAAGAAUAAGACUAUCUAAUCUCAUCGCCUUUGUUCACCCCCUACGUGAUUUUUGCUGUUUCUUCUUCAGAUGAAACCUCCCAUAUAGUGUGUUGAGAAUCCCUCUGUGUGUAGUGGCUUCCCGUCCUUACACAGUAAACUUGAAGCUUUAUAUUGUCAAAAAGAGAGAAAAAAAGAAAAAAAAUGGUAAUUGCUCUAUUUAAUUUUCACUGUUAUUUAAUGUGUUUCUGUUCAAUGUAUUUUAUCUUUAUAUCACUUAAAAGAAAAAGCAAAUGACAAAUGAACCCAAAACAAAUAAUACGGCGGGCGCUGGGGUGUCAGCGAUGGCCUGUAAGCUGUGAUUUUCUACGAUACGAUUCAUAUGUUAUAUGAAAAACUAUAUGCUUUCUAAACGAGCUGAAUUAAAACUAAAAACCACACAGAA